UAAAAUGUCAAGAACCCGAAUAAUUUUACCGUGGGUGUUUUUGGUGUGCAUGUCACUCUUACCAUGGACGUCACAGUCGCUCAGAGUCAAGUCGUCAACAGGUGAUAAUGUCUUGAUCAUUGCGAACACUUUCGUGCCAACCACGAAUGACAGCAGUACGCGUGAAAUUGAACGUAUGUCAAACGGGACACACGAAUCUUCGGAAAAUCAUACAGUCCCAAAAUCAGCCCAAGCCGUGAAUCUUCGACCUGUGAUAGGAAUCUUGUCUCAAGAACCUAGUCGGUCUCUACAGCGAGCUCUGCAGAGACACAACAUGAGCUCCUACACCUCGUACAUCGCCGCCUCUUACGUGAAAACCGUAGAAGCAGCUGGGGCUAGGGUCGUCCCCAUCAUGAUAAACAAGGACGCCGAAUAUUAUAAAAAGCUUGCAACUUCUCUCAAUGGGAUAUUGUUCCCUGGCGGUGCCGUGAGUGUCACCAACUCGAGCGGCUACGGGGCAGCGGGUGACGCGCUCUACCAGAUGGUUAUGGCUUCGAACGCUCGAGGGCAGCCGAUGCCGCUGUGGGCAACUUGUUUGGGUUUCGAAAUGUUGGUCUACCUCGCGGCUGGCAGGAAGAAUAAUCUUCUAACCUCGUGUGCAGCAAUCGACCGUGCCGUCCCUCUGCACCUGCAACCCGGCUGGCAAGAAUCUAAGUUGUGGAAAGAUGCAUCGCCAGAGCUGCUACAGGCCGUGCAGUCCCAGAACAUCACCUAUAACUUCCACAAGUUCUGCGUUACUCCGGAGACGUUCCGGAAGCUCGACGUCAACGACUCGUAUUACGUCUCGUCGUUGAACACCGACGACAACUCACUGCCGUACGUGUCCACGAUAGAGCAUAAGACGUAUCCUAUCUACGGCACUCAGUGGCAUCCCGAGAAGAAUUCCUACGAGUGGAGAAGCGAUGCUAAGAUACCUCACUCCCCUGUCGCUGUUGAUCUGGAGCGCCACGUGUCCAAAGUCUUCGUACAAGAAGCUCGAAGUAACAACAACAGUUUCAACUCUGAAGCCGAGCUGGAGUCGUACUUGAUAUACAACUACAGCCCCGUGUACAUGGCAAAGCUCUACAAGUCCUCCUUCCAACAGUGCUACCUCUUCAAAUAAUCUACCUCGUUCAGCGUGCCUCUACAGUGCCUUAUCCUUAGUAUUUGGAUCGGACGUGUAGCAGUCCCAGGCCACGAUUGAUCGCCGCUUCUGACUAUCGCGCAUCCGCCCUCAUUUGGGCCAGCUGAUGCACGAUGCUGUUGCUUGCUUCUC